AAGGCGGCAGCCCUGGCGUGUGGAGUGGAGUCACGUGGAGACAGUCCGCCACCUCCGUGCUCUCCAAACAGAACGUGAGCUGCUCGGCUGCUAAAGCGACCCAUGUUGUUUUUCUAAGCCCCGCGUCCCUCUCAAACUUCACCGUUUCGUCGAAGAAUGAGUGAUAACGACGACAUCGAAGUCGACAGUGACGAAGACUCACCGAGAUAUCACUGUGUGGCAGACAAACGGGCACACCACAAUGCGCUGGAGCGCAAGCGUAGGGACCACAUCAAAGACAGCUUUCACAGCCUCCGGGACUCUGUACCUGCCUUGCAGGGAGAAAAGGUUGGUAGCCCCAAUAGUGGUACAGAAACAUCCCAGAGUAAGCAGUCUACCAAACAGGCGUCUCGAGCUCAAAUCCUAGACAAAGCCACAGAGUACAUCCAGUACAUGAGGCGAAAAAAUCACACACACCAGCAGGACAUCGACGAUCUCAAGAGGCAGAACGCCCUGCUGGAGCAGCAAGUGCGCGCUUUGGAGAAAGUGAAGGGCUCGGCGCAGCUGCAGAGUAACUACUCGUCGUCCGACAGCAGCCUCUACACCAACCCCAAAGGCAGCGCCGUGUCCGCCUUUGACGGCGGCUCAGACUCCAGCUCAGAGUCGGAACCCGAGGAGCCGCCCAAUCGCAAGAAGCUGCGCGUGGAGGCCAGCUAAAGAGCGUCUGGACCUUCGACGCUUUUCCACCUGACGGCCCCCACCACUACCGACAUCACCACACCCACCGCUCUGGCUCCUCCCCCUCACUGGGCGGGCUCGCACUGGAGACUCAUGACCCCCUCAAACGUCCCCACACCGCUACAACCAUAAGAUGGGGCAGGUCUUUGCCCCCUUAUGCAGUUUACAUCGAUAUCAUCCCGUCUCGCAACAAUCCAAAACCCAAAAAGAGGCAGCUCGGCUACUUGGGGACUUUUUGAAAUGUCCCCUUAAGGUAGCCCCGCCCCCUGCCAGGGUCCACGCGAGGGAGGAGCAAACGCACACCAGACCUACUCCUAAACACUGCUAGAUUAUAUAUUUUUGGUUUAUUUUGUUAUUCAACAUUUAAAAAAACAAACAAACAGCCUGGUUAGAACGUAAACAAAUCCUGGGACAAGUUUUUAAAAUGCUAAAAAUUUCUAGCUUUUCCACAAAAGAAUGUCAGCGACACCCGCCCACCUCAGGCUCACUGGAUCGCAGAUGUUUUCUGCUGUGACACAUUUGUUAAGACAUUAAAACAAUGGAUGUUUUGAAUGAAAAUAUUCCUAAACUUGUAACGUAUUUUGUCCUUUAGCUUGAAGUAGUGAAUGACUUUAGAAGGCUGAAUACAUUAGGCAGCUUGUUUUAUAGACCCCUUGAACGAAAACAAACAACAAAAAAAGGAUGUUGAUUGGAUGUUUUCAAGCUGUAAUGUAUGUUCUGCAUUUUGUAGUCGUCAUCUCACAAGUCACGAAACGGCGUCACUUCAACCGGAAUGUUCCAAAGUAGCCAAUCCGCGCCCCUCUUGUCGAUGUGUCAUGCUUUACAAAGUCCAAAAUGUCGCUGAAUCCCCCAGAGGGGGAACGAGGAAGCAUUUGAGAGUGUGUAUUUUGUUUCCAUUCAGGAUUAGAAUUGGUGUACCGGGUCUUUGUUUUGUUCGAUUCCAUUCCAUGGAAAUUACAAGUAUGUUGUACAUACUGCCAACAAUUGUCUUGCAAGUUGAGGCCUACCUUUAUUAUGAGACUAUAAAAUAAACUAUUUUAUCCUUUAA